AUGCAAACACACGGGCUCCCAGUUGCCCACGCCAAGAUUCGGACACAUCUGCUUUUCAUCAGACUGGCUGGCCAAUUUUUGGCCGCCGGCCAAGCCGGACUCGGUGUCCUCUUGAGAAGCCCCACUCAGACACCGACCUGUCUUUUCUCAACCAGGCCUGAUCAGUUAGUUGGCCUUGGCAACAAAUUUAACGACUGGAUCUGCCCAAACAAAUCGGCCCGGAGGCUGAUCCAACCUUGUUAA